AUGUCGCCUCCCCCCGCGAAGAGUCUUUCUACACCCCGUCCAGCUCUGGCUUCUGUUCGUACCCCAAAUUCACAGGGCGCAGCGGUCUCACGCCGCUCUUCUACGAAAACAGCACCAGCAAUGGGACCAGAGUCUCGUGAGUCGCUGAAUGUUGCCCUGAAACAUGAGACCGAAAAGAAGGAACAGCUGCUUGUCCAAAUCCAAAAUAAGGAUCAGACGAUUGUCAGUCUGACAGCUGAGAACGAUAAUGUCAUGUCUGCCCUGAAUCUGGCAGAAUCUCGCUUGAAUGAUCUGUACGUUGAUCAAGCGCGGAUGGAAGAGGAGAUGGCAGCCCGUAUCGAAGUCUCUGACAAGCUGCGGGCACAAGUCAGGGAGCUUGAGCGGGAGAAGCGAGAUUUGCAUAGACGAUAUAAUGAGCAGACAUCAACAUUCGAGGCAGAGCGCCAAGCAGCCUAUGACAACGAACAGCACCUCAGAUCACGGAUUCAGUCUCUUACGCAAGCCCGCAAAGUUGCUGAACCGCCCCAAUCUAUUGAUGCAACCCUUACUACGAAUUCUUCUCGCCCCGAUUCCCUCGACACCGACAUUGAGGCGGAGGCGGAGGCAUCAGAAGUCGCUGUCCCUAGAAAUCGCGAAGACCAGCACUAUUCUACUAAGCAGGACCUCAACGAUCCGGAAAGCGAACCAGCCGAAAUGACCGCUCUCAAACUUGAACUCUCGACACUAUCAACAUCUUAUACAUCCUUGCAAAGUACUCUCGUACUUUUGCAAGCGCAGCUCGUGGAUUUGAAGAGAGUCAACAAUCAAUUACAAGAGGACAACGAGAGUUACAUGAUCUUGUUACGGGAGAAGACAUUAAGUGGUCAAUUUGAUCUCUUAAAACAAGUCGGUGGCGCCCCAAACACAACGGACGGCGGCUACGAUGACGAUGAAGUGGUGGUAGACGACUGCGCUGACGAAGGUAGUCUUAGGAGUACGGGCAGGAGCGUGCUGGACAGGGUCGAGGAAGAGAUGAUGGAGGAUGAUGAUUUGGAGCAACAUUUCAGAUCUGAUUCGCCAUCUUCAAACCGCCACGGACGUCAUGUGCGCAGGAAUGACUCGGCGUCACAUUCUCCCAGUCGAGCUCCGCGCGGAGAGUCUCUCGCUGACCUUCCUAUUACCGGUCCAGGACUUGACUUGGCUGCUGAACUUGGCCGUGCUGAGAACAAGGACAUUCUCUCCGGAGAUUCCAUCGACGGCGAUCGAGCUCUUGGUGGCAAAGGAAGACGAAAGAAGGCAUCUACGGACACCAGGAAAGUCUCCACUUCCGACAUGCCAGACUCAAAUACAGACCUGGAGGCCCUACGAUCAGAAGUCAAGACUCUCAAAGAUGCCAACAAGGCACUUUCUUUAUAUGCGUCCAAAAUCAUCGAUAGAAUCAUUGCAGAAGAAGGUUUCGAGCAUGUCCUCUCGGUGGACUAUGAGAAGUCUCCAACCAUGCAUUCUAAGUCUCCUUCUCUGGGUGUAACAACCACUGCCAGUGCACCAGCGAAGGCAUCCAAACCUCGACCGCAAUCAGCUUUUUUCUCUCGAGCAGUCUCUGAUUCCGCCCUCACCCCCGCUCCCGAGAAGGCGCCAUCGUCACCACUCCCCAUUUCCGAUACCUCUUCCCCGAAGACAUCUCAACGACGUUCUAUAUCCAUCGACUGGAAGAACUUCUCUUUGUUCGGUGGCGCAGAGAAGAAACCCGAACCAGCCAAUUUGCGACCUCUUACGUUGAAGUCGACUUCCACGCCCAUGACUAACGCACGCAAACUGGAGACCCAUGAAGACGAGGAGGAUCGGCGGGAAAGAGAGCGACUCCAUGCAACCAUGAAACUCAUGGGUAUUGAGCAACUUGCCCCUUCUCCAUUGGUGUCCAUACAAAAGAGUUAUUCGACCCCCGAGAGCCCUCAGACUGCCACAGCCAGUCUCUUUUCAAUGUUCAGGUCACGAUCCACCACUGGUCAUUCCGACACUUCAUCUGUUAAUUCCGGGCCUUCGACACACAAUAGUCAUCAAGCAACGAAUGAACUUGGCAUUAUUGGUGACGGGCGGUCUGAACUCACGCAUGAGGCUCUGGAGCAAGCGGAGGCAGAGAACUCUCUGGCAGCAUUGGAUGCGCAUGAGCAAAUGCUUAUCGAUGAGAUUGCCAAAGGCAGACCGGGAGGCUUUACUGAGCCCCCGAGGAGCCUUGGAGAGGAGUGGAGAAGUCGCAGAAGCAGAAGGAGCGGAGGUGGGAGCGGGAGUACGGUUUGGAGUGCUGGAAUGAGCCGCACAGGGGAUGAGCCAGACACCUGA